AUGACAAAAAUUAUUACAUUAUAUUUAUUAUACAUACAUAAACAUAUCUUUAAUUAUAUUUUUAUUUUUGUUAUUUCUAGCUCAUACCUAUUAGCGGUCCUUCUAUUGUCAAACAUCCUUCCGUUGAAUCAAGCACAAUGGAGGCCUUGCGUCGAAGUGAAGCGAGAUCUUGUGAUACCUUGCAAGUGUGCUGUAUCUUUGGAUUAUCCACGAUCAAUUGAGAUGAAUUGCGACCGAGUAAUUUUCACACGUGAUAUUAUUAAUAGUUUGCGUGGUCAACCGGUUGUAUCAAUUAGUCAAAGGAACUGCGGUCAUCAGAUCUUACCGGAACAUAUCAUUAAUUCCGAUUUGAAUCUGAAAAGACUCGACUUGUCAAGUAAUUCGAUCUAUCGUCUGAUGGAUCGCUUGCUACAGACACAAAGUGAACUGCGCGAAUUGCGACUCGCUGACAAUCUCUUAGGCGACAACUUAAACCCAAUAUUCUCCAGUAAUGAAUUUCAUGGCAUGAAAGAACUCAGGAUACUUGAUCUUAGCAGAAAUGGUCUUAGAAGCAUCGAAGAAGGAAUUCUAAAAGGAUGCGUUAACUUAGAAGAACUAUAUCUCGAUAACAAUAAUUUAACUAUGGUACCCACCGCUUCUUUGAAAGGACCACGUGCUAUUAGAGUGUUAUCUUUGGCAGGCAACAAUAUCAGUUCUCUUUCACGAGAUGCUUUUAAUACUCUCGGCGAAUUGUUAUUACGAUUAGAUCUCAGCAAUAAUGAAUUAUCUCACAUGGAGGAUGGCGCUCUUUCCAAUGUCCAACACCUCUUGUUUUUGAAUAUCUCUCAUAACUCCCUCAGCCGCUUUAACAGUGAUGUCUUUAAAGGAAUUUUCAACUUGUUGCAAUUGGAUCUCUCGGCUAAUUUCUUCAAGGACUUUCCCACUGAUGCAUUAAGACACUUAACGGAUUUAAAAUUUUUGAAUAUUUCUAACAAUCUUAUUACCGAAAUAGAACGGAUACAUUUGUUAAGCAUGAACGAGUUGCAAGUAUUAGACUUGAGCCGUAACAAUAUAGGCCGACUUGGAAUUGAAACAUUUUCCAAUCUUAUCGCUCUUACAAGACUAGAUCUGAGUCUCAAUGCGCUACGCACGAUUGAAGAAUCAUCCUUUGAGGGCUUGACAAAACUAAAAUGGUUAUCGUUGCAAGACAACAACAUUCUAAUAAUACCAGCCUCGGCGCUUACAAGAAUGCCAUAUUUGGCGCAUUUGCACAUGCAAUUUAAUCGCAUUGCUGCAUUAUCCACUGAAUUAAUUCGUGCCACAUCUACAAAUCUCAUGACUUUGGGUCUAACACGCAAUCUGGUUCGCGAAAUACCACCUAGAUUGUUCUAUAAUUUUGAAAAUCUUAUCAGCAUUGAGCUCUCUGGCAACAUGCUAUCUAUUAUUUCACAAAACAUGUUUGCUGGUCUGGAGGACACUUUGCAAAAUCUCGAUAUAUCGUAUAAUCGAUUAACAGCUAUCAUUGAAUUGCCAUUAAGAAAUUUAGUUUCACUAAACUUAGCGGGUAACCAAUUAAAACGAGUAUCACCGGACACUUUCCAGUAUUUACAUAAAUUGCGGUAUUUAAAUCUCAGUAAUAAUCCUUUGUAUGGUGGUUUUCCGCCGAUAUUUCCUUCGUCUUUAGUCGAUCUCGACAUAUCAUAUACAGAGCUCAAGAUCUUGCCAACUGUGUUGUUGUUGAACCUUGAAUCUCUAGAAAGGAUUUCUCUAGCUGGCAAUCACCUACAAGAAAUCGAUGAAAGCAGUUUCCAGUAUCUCUAUAAUCUCACGACAAUUGAUCUCUCAAAUAAUCUCAUUGAACACAUCGAUAACAAUGCCUUUGUUGGUCUCAUAAAUCUUUAUUCAUUAAAUUUGCGAGAUAAUAGACUCACAUCGUUUAUUGGUGAACAUUUUAACACAGGCACUGGUUUGGAAAUUCUUGAUUUGUCCGGCAAUCGCAUCAAUCAGUUAUCUCAAACAGUAUUUGCAAUUCACCCGAGGCUUAGACAACUCGAUCUUUCAGACAAUAGAUUUGUUCAAUUUUCCGGUGACUACAUCAAGUCACAACAGUUCUUGGAACGGUUGGACCUUUCUGGCAAUAUGCUACGCCAUGUAAAUGAAUUUACUUUCUCACAAAUGGGGAGAUUGCGUGAUUUGGAUCUUUCUGAUAACAGAAUUGAAUCGGUAGACGAAUUAGCCUUCCAUAACUCUACACAGCUCCAAUUGCUAGAUUUAUCUAACAAUGUUCUUGAAACACUGAACGAGCGCACAAUGGAAGGUCUACUUAGAUUAGAAUCUUUGGAUUUAAGCGACAAUCGACUCGCCUCAUUGCCCGAGACCGUUUUCGAUUCGUCGAGAAUUCACGCUGUGGAGAGCAUUGAUUUAUCUGGUAAUCGUUUUAAUGAGAUACCAAUCCGCGCUUUGCAACGGCAAUUGGUAUCAUUAUUCAGUCUAAAAUUAGCUCGUAAUCGAGUGGUAGAAGUGUUCACACAAGACGUCAUCAAUAAUGUAAAGGAGCUUGAUCUUUCCGAAAAUCCUUUGAGUGAGAACGCAAUAGGUGACAUUCUGGGCGAAGCAAAAAUCUUACGCUCACUGAAUCUUGCCAAUACGAGUAUUAAAAUUAUUCCCAGAUUAGAGACGCCGUUUCUCAAGCAUCUAAAUCUUUCAGACAAUGCAAUUACAGAUAUUAAACCAGUUACGUUGGAGCGAACUACAAUGUUAGAGAGUCUAGAUUUGUCGAAAAAUCGUCUGACAGAUUUUAUGAACCUGAUCAGAACCUUCAAAAAUCUUCCAAUACUUCAGAAUCUAGAUAUUUCCAAUAAUGAAAUAAAGAAUAUUAACGAGAGCAACUUUGAUGGAUUAGCUACGCUACACUCCUUAAAAAUGACAAAUUUGCUGAAUUGUACGAGGAUAGAAAAAAAUGCAUUUAGAUCGUUAACGAAACUGCGACUUCUACAUGCUUAUAACUAUCCUAAACUAGGAUAUUUUGACGUACAAGGUAUUUUGAAGCAUAUGAAAAAUCUAGAGAUAUUAGACAUUGAAAUAAAAGACUCAUCAGUGGGCAAUGAGCAGUUAUCGGUGCGUAAUCACCCUUAUUUACGAGAACUGACAUUACGAGGAGAAAGGCUGCGCAAUAUUCUUUCAAGUUCACUGGUCGGUGUACGGGAACCAAAAUUGUCCCUGAGUUUAAAGGAUACUUCUGUGGAUUCGAUACCAACAGCCCUCUUUUUUCCAGUACCGCGUUCCACUAAGAUUGAAUUGAAUGUCUCUGGUAGCAAGUUUACCAAUCUCUCACCUCAGUUAUUAACUGCUUUGGAUGAACGAAGGACUUUCGUAAAAAUUAGUGGAUUAGAUAAAAAUCCGAUCAAUUGUAGUUGUGAAGCAAAACAUCUGUGGAAAUGGCUUAAAUUAUUGGGUAAUAACGUGCCCACUGUUGUCUGCGCUAAACCUGAGUAUUUAAUGGGUGCACUGCUGAGCAAUCUCACAGAAGAGUAUUUCUUGUGCAAUCGUACAACACCAACGAAGUUACAAACAACAGAAACCACACCUUUGACAAAAUCGACAAUCCUAGAACCAGAGAUUAUUUGGACCGUUGCACCAACAGUACAAAACCAUCAUAAUAACCACUAUAAUAAUGAUCAUACAGCAGGUACAUCUUCAAUGAACAACAUUUCAAAUACUGACGACACUCUGAUUAUCGGAAUCGUUGGUAGUGUAGUGGCGUUUAUUGCAAUCAUUAUUAUUACGAUCUGCAUUUGCCGACUACGUUGGAGUAAUCAGAUGCAGGAAGCCAGAAUUGCAGCGAUGGCAGCGUCUAGCAUUCAUGAAGCAUCAAUGAUUCGGCCAACAAGUGCUUAUUCGGGCAAGAUCAACCCUCAUGAUCUUUAUGUAAGCUCGUACAAUGGAUCGACUUUAGGAUAUGGUGGUAACAAUUCGAUCCCAUCGGCCACUCCUGUGCAAAUGGUACCCUAUGUGCAACCGAUACACAUGAUGCAACCUAUGAAUCCACUUCCACCGUCAUCACAGCAAAUCUACGGAUAUUAUGAUAACCCAUCUUUUCCCAUGUACAUGACGGAAAACAAAUCAGACAGAUAACAUAGUUCAACAAAAAUACUUUUCUAAAUCAGAGAAAGAAUAUACUUUCUGUUUACAUGCCGUAUUAUUUUAUUAUUAAUUAUAAUUUUGAAAAAUUUUAAAUUAAAGUAAAAAGUUAAUGACUAUC